GUGCAACCAAAAAUUCAAUCAAAAACAGUGCCUUGCAAGGAGAUCCCAAAGCGACCCAAAUCAGCAGCUAUUCAAGGGAGGAAUAUCAUAAGGAAAAUCAUCUUGUGAAAGUAAAGAAAGACCACCAUGUUCCAUCUGCAAUUUACCUGUUGUCAUCCACUUCUCACUGUUAUCCAAGAUCUGCUUAGAAAAUGGUUGGAUCUUUCAACAUCCUCAUUCAAAAAUGGAAAUUCUGAAAUGGAAGACAAUCCUCAGUACUGCUGUGAAAAGACUACAAGAAGCCAUCAUUCAAAUAAAAGCAGAGGAAGCAAAGCUUAAAAAAGAAGGAUUCAACAAACAACUCAUCCUAUGCCACUAUAAUGAUCCAAAAGAUAUGAUAAACGUGAACCACAGUUCCAAAGUUUCUCAAUGUUUCUGGCUAGAGCUGCUGAAGAGAAAGCCCAAGAUGCCAACGGUCAAAGAGGCUGACCCAGAGAUGAAGAAGUUCCAUUAUGCGCUGGUAGAUGGCUCCUCUCUGACCUACUAUCCUUCUGGCCGUCUAGCUAUCUGCCAAAGUUACUCUGCCCUCCCUGGGGGUGGCACAUACACCAACAUAUUCAGUGAUUUGCCAAAUCAAGUUAUCCUUGGAACCUUCACGCCUUUUGGAUGUGGUAACAUUUCUUUUCCUAAUGGCCAAAUAAUAUCAAUGAUGUUUAAUCAGGAUGGUGGCCUGGUGAUCAGCAAAAAAAGAAAAAUCGUAAGGGAAUGGAUGUGGCCUUCAAAGGGAAAACUUGAUGAUCCAGUUGACAUUUGGGUGAACAAGUUCAUUAAAGUGGAGAUUUCCGGGCGCUUUGCCAUCACCUUGGUCUACCAAUGGCAUCCUCAAAGUCUAAAGCUAUCUCUGGCACCUGUAAAAUGCAAGUUUUUUCCUUCAUCCUUACCUGAGGAGCCAUUCCCUGAUGUCAAUCCCAUCUCUGCAGAGGCCAGGGAGUUAUUCAAGGCCUAUAGAGUGAAGGGCAAGCAUAUGAUAUCCACAACCCAGGACAAAGAUCCAAGUUUAACAGACAGAAUGAAAAUGGCCACAUUUGAUCCUAAAAUGGACAUAAACCCUAUGUCUGACAUCGCAACAGGUAUUAAAUUAAGAAGACUACAGAAGAAGGUCAAGCACAUCCUAUUUCACUGGCUGUAUUACUACAGAUUUGCAUUGGGAAUAGAAUCCCUACACAUAGGCAAAAUGCCCAACGUUCCAAAAAAAGUGAUCAGGAAACAAAAAGUCUCAUCAGCAAGAUUUCCUCUGCAACAAAGUGCAGAGGGAAAAGAUGAGAAUAAGGAGUAUCCUCGAUACCGGAAUACCUUCCUAAAACUGAAAGGUGUCUUUAAUCCUGUGCCUCUCUUUCACAUCCAGAAGACCCCAGUCAGAGAUCAGUCCUUCAGGCUUCCUCCUCCUUCAAUUGAGAGCAAGGAUGCAUGGUUUUCUUCCCAGUUGCUUUGUCCUGUGGUCCUCAGGAGGACAUUGUGUGGGAAGGAAGGGGGCCAAUGUAGCACUUACAGCAUCCCUGAAGUGACAGACCUGGAGUAUGAUCACCUUAUAAGCAACCAGCUGUCCUCCAUGGAUCAGGUCAUUAUAGUCCAUGUGUUCUCAGCUAAUGAAACGGACAAGACUAUAAUAGAAAUGGCCAAAGUGUAUAGGAAACUGAACAGAUUCAAAAGCAUGCCUUGCAUUCAGAGUUGUUCAGAUCCCUUUCGAAUGCUCAAAUACAACAUCACCUCUGCAUGUAAAUUUACUGGCGGCAGUUGUCCACUUCUGGUUCAAAGGCACAAUGUCAUUCCAGGAAUAUUUUUGCAGGGGCCUACUGGUUCAUCCAGCAGAAAGAAUAAAAGGAUUUAUGAGAGGUGGCUCCCAGCAGGGGAGGUUGAGGACUUUCUGGGACUCACCAGAGCAGAAUGGAUUUUCUUGGGAAGCAAAGCCAACCUGCAGAGUGUCCCAGCAUGUCUCUCUGCUUCACCAGCAAGACACAAUGGAAAUAGAGAAUGGGUUAGAGGCGUGUGCACCUGCAGGCUCCAGGAACACCUCCUCUGUUUAUCUCUGCAGACAUGUGCACAAGAACCUCCCACCCAGUCCUACCAUCCAGUGGCUUUAGAAACCUUCCAUCUGCUAGUGACCCCGACGUGAGCAUCCCCACGGACAGGGUCUCCCCUGAACUCCGCGUGCCUUCCCGGUCCGAUGCGCUACUUCACUCUCUCACCGGAGCACUUCACAGAUGUACAUUCGGGGAAAAUUAGUAUUUGCCAACUUUAUUUUCAAUGGUUAUAGCACAUCGGCUAAAGACCUUCAAAAGCAAAUUGUGAAGACAAGGAGUGAUUAUUACACAGGACAUUUCCUACCCAAGGACUU